CCAUAUGUUUCCCGCCAAAAGCUUGCACGCAUACUCUGGGCCCAUCGUUCUGUCUUGCGGGAUACUUCACGACGGAGUACAGUACACCUCUAGCAGAGGCGGAGCCGCUUAGUAACCUCCUCCUCGUAGUCUUUUCGCGAAUCCGCCGCCCCGGCGUGUAAGCUGCUGGGAAUCUGGGAGCCGCCUGUCCGGCGGCUCGUCUGUCAUGUUUCAGGCUCAGGAUUCUCGAGAGUUCUCAAAAAUCGCUUGUUCGCGUCUCGGCGUCGUUUCCCGCCACAUUGCUCCUCAGGCUUCUCAGCCUUGCGGAAAAUCUCGAGCUGACUCGCUCGUUCCUGACCGUGAAGGAUUCUAUAUCGAGGACAGCGAUAAAGGCGAUGAGGUCGAUUUUCCCCCAUUCGUCUCCCGUUCCCAUGCUUCCGCACAAUACGGCGCGCGAUCCGCUCGAUCUCCGCUCAGUCGAAUUUCGGGCCCCGCCGCUUCCGCCGCCUCCGUCGCUGGUCCCAUCGCCGGCAAAUCAACAGAUGCCACGUCGACAGCACCGCUGCACUGGAUUUUCGCGUCCGGGCUCAAAGCAGAUUCGCGAGAUUCAAAUCAUCCGUCAUCAACUUCCGGACCAGAACCCCCUUCUGCCGAACCUGUAGCUUUGGUAAUAGGCGCGGGAGACGCCAUAGGCUCGGCAGUGGCUCGGCGGUUCGCCAGGGAAGGGUAUGUGGCGGUGGUGGUGCGGCGAAACGGGUCCAAGCUGCAAGUUCUGGUGGACGGAAUAGCAGCGGAUGGGGGCAAGGCGGUUGGGUUUGGCGUUGAUGCGAGGAGAGAAGACCAGGUGGCUCAGCUGGUUGCUACAGUGGAGGCGGAGAUAGGCCCGAUCCAUGUCAUGGUUUUCAACAUCGGAGCGAAUGUUAAGUUCAACGUUGUUGACACGAACUCAAGGGUUUACUUCAAGGUCUGGGAGAUGGCAUGCCUGGCAGGCUUCCUCGCAUCUCGUGAGGCGGCUCAGAGGAUGCUUGUCAGAAACAGCGGCACGAUUAUUUUCACUGGUGCGACUGCAAGCGUCCGGGGCGCUGCUGGCUUUUCUGCUUUCUCGGGAGCUAAGCAUGCACUAAGAGCCUUGGCUCAAUGCUUAGCUAAAGAAUUAGGGCCUCAGGGGAUACAUGUCAGCCAUGUGGUAAUUGAUGGGGCAGUUGACACGCCAUGGAUCAGGGAAAGUUUUCCGGAUAUGGUUUGGGAGAAGGACAAGGUGGAUGGGUUGGUGCAACCUGAUGAUGUGGCGGAUUUGUAUUGGUCAUUGCAUAUGCAAAAGAGGAGCGGAUGGACGUUUGAGGUGGACCUGAGGCCGUGGAAGGAGAAAUGGUGAGGUAUCCGUUGUGUUGUAUGUGUAUAAAGCCGAUACAUAGUUUGCCUCUGGUUGGGAGGGGUGGUUGUGUCAGCGAGAUGUGCGUUUGCAAAACUCACUCCAUGCAUUAGACGUUGAGUGUUGAA